AUGGGUAUGUUUGAAUUUUUUUUUUUUGGUUGAUUCAUUCAACGAUUCAGCUUCAAGAUUCCCGUUUUACUAACUUCGCUUCAUCUUAGGUAUUCCUAAAUUCUUCAGAUUCAUUUCGGAGAGAUGGCCGUUGAUCUCGCAAUUGAUCGAUGAGAACCAGAUACCCGAGUUUGACAAUCUAUACCUUGAUAUGAACUCGAUAUUGCACACGUGUACUCAUUCAAACGAUGGCUCGAUAACAAGGUUAUCGGAUGACCAAAUGUACGCUGCGAUAUUCAACUAUAUCGACCAUUUGUUCAGCAUAAUAAAGCCGCAGAAGGUGUUUUAUAUGGCCAUAGAUGGUGUUGCGCCCAGAGCCAAGAUGAAUCAGCAACGAGCAAGAAGGUUCCGUACCGCGUACGAAGCCGAGCAGAAUUUGAAAAAGGCAAUUGAAAGGGGCGAAGAGAUACCCAAGGAGGAUCCAUUUGAUUCAAACUCGAUUACACCAGGUACCGAGUUCAUGGCCAAGUUGACGGAUAAUUUGAAAUAUUUCAUACAUAAAAAGAUCACCGAGGACUCGCUGUGGGCCAACGUUGAGAUAAUAUUGAGUGGCCACGAAGUCCCCGGUGAAGGUGAACACAAGAUUAUGGAGUAUAUCAGAGCUCAACGUGCUCAAGCUGGCUAUGAUCCAAACUUGAGACACUGCAUAUAUGGGCUAGAUGCCGAUUUAAUCAUGUUGGGCCUCGUUAGCCAUGAUCCGCAUUUUGCAUUAUUGAGAGAAGAAGUCACGUUUGGACAAAAAAGAGGAGCCGCCGGCUCCAGCUCGUCGGGUCCAAAAGACGUAUCGGAACAAAAGUUUUACUUAUUGCAUUUAUCAAUAUUGAGAGAGUACUUGGAAUUGGAGUUUCGCGAAAUCGAAGAAGAAGUCCACUUUGAGUACAAUUUCGACCGCGUCUUGGAUGAUUUCAUCCUUAUUAUGUAUGUGAUUGGAAACGAUUUCUUGCCGCAUUUGCCUGAUUUGCAUCUCAACAAGGGUGCGUUCCCGUUAUUGUUGUCCACGUUCAAGCAAAUGUUGCUUCAAGCAGAUGGAUAUCUCAAUGAAGAUGGUAAGAUCAAUUUAAAGAGGUUGAAUCUUUGGGUGCAUCACUUGUCGGACUUUGAGUUUGAAAAUUUUGAAGAAGAAGAAGUUGACAUUGAGUGGUUUAACAAGAAAUUGGACGACGUUUCCAUCACGGGAGACAAAAAGAGGAAGCGGAUUGGCAAGUUGUUGAUCUUGAAGGAGCAAAAGAAGCUAGUUGGAUUCAUCAAGCCGUGGCUCAUGGAGGUUGCCAGUCAACCGGUGAGCACCCUUAUCGAGUGGGCAAACGAAGAAAAAUUGCCCUCUUUGCAAUUGAAAAGGGAAGACGUUGAGAAAAAUUUGGAGUUUUUAAAAGAUUUUGCCUUGCACACUGGGUUUUUGGUGAUACAUUCAAAACUGGAGGACACCUAUACUGCCAAGUUCGACGUGGAUGGUUUACCUCCUUUUGAAACUCAAGAAGACUUUGAAGAACGUGUUGGUGAACUUAGGCGAACCGUUAAGAAUUAUCAAUCGGCCAACUUGGUUGAAAGCGAGGAGAUUUUGAACGACACCAAAGAGGUUUACCUGCAAAAAUUUAAAGAUUGGAAGAAUGAGUACUACAAGGAAAAAUUGCAUUUCUCGAUUGACGAUAAGGAGGAAUUACUCGAGAUUACUGAGCAUUAUGUCGAAGGGUUGCAAUGGGUGCUAUACUAUUACUACCGCGGCUGCCCUUCGUGGAAUUUCUACUACAGGUACCACUAUGCACCACGUAUAUCUGACAUUUCAGUCGGCCUCGAGGCACUCAUAGAAAAAGGAGCGGAUUUGAAGUUUGACCAAUCGCAUCCGUUUAAACCAUUUGAACAAUUGAUGGCUGUUCUCCCAGCUAGAUCGAGGAAGUUGAUGCCUGCAGUGUAUAGGCCUUUGAUGACGGACGAAAAAUCCCCCAUUAUCCAGUUUUACCCUCACGAAGUCGAUGUCGAUAUGAAUGGUAAAACUGCGAGCUGGGAAGCAGUUGUAUUGUUGGACUUUGUUGACGAGAACAAGUUGAUUGAAGCCUUGAAGCCCGUGGAGGAGAAACUCCUGCCAGAGGAGACUAGAAGAAACUCAUAUGGUUACGCUGUAAAGUUUAUUCAUAAUCCGCAAAUCGACCGUGUUUUCUCGUCGCCCUUGCCUGGAUUUUUCCAUGACAUUGAGCAUGAUAAAUGCUACGAGGAACAAUUCAUCUUGCCCGAGGUCUCGGAACAUAGAAUCGGGCACAUUGAAGGUGCGCGCCAAGGGACAGAGUUGCUGGCGGGAUUCCCGACUUUAAAGUCAAUACCGUUUACUUCAGAAUUGGCCCAGAAUGAAGUCAAGAUUUUCAAUUUUUCAUCGAAAUCACAAUCGAUGGUUCUUAAUUUGGAAGAUGUUUGGGCCGACAUGUCGGUUGCCCAGUUUGCUCAGAGCUUCGUUGGGAAAUUAGUUUAUAGCAACUGGCCGUUUUUGAGAGAGUGCAAAGUGGUGAAAGUUGUCGACGAAGAGCACAAGUACGAAUCAGUUAAAUUGCCAAAUGGCAGAAAGGAAGUUGUUACUAGUGAACUUGAAUCUGACGAGAAAAAAUCUUACAAGUCUGCAUGCAGCAACGCCAUUUUUGUGUUUGACAAGUCUAAGGGGGUGAAGCUUGGUGAAGUCAGUGUAUUGGUGCAUGUGCAGCCUGUUAACGGGUUGAUUAGAAACCAGCGUGGUGCUUAUGUCAAGACUUAUUCCAAGGAGAUUGAAGUAUACCCCAUCCAGGUGAUUGUCAAGGAGGUGGUGAACAAAGACCCGAGAUUUGCAACUAGACCUCCGUUGCCCAUCGAGCAAGAGUUUCCCUUGCAAAGCCAAGUUGUCUUUUUGGGAGAUAUGGCGUAUGGUGCCCCAGCGAAUGUCGUUGGAUACAAUGGCAACCACUUGAGUAUCAAGAUUUUCCAGAUCCAAUCGGCCGCGGAACCCAACAUUGGGAAAAGAAGAUUGGCGAUGGAAUCCAAGGAGAUUCAAUACGUGCCAUCUUUUGAAGUCAGCAAGAGACUUCGAAUCAACUCGCUUUUGUUGUCGAAAAUCACCAGUCAGUAUAUGAUUCAGGAUGGUAACCAGAGGAUCAAUAUCGGCUUGGAGUUGAAGUUUGAGAGCAAGAGACAAAAGGUGUUGGGCUACACCAGAAAACUGUACAAUGGGAGAUUCUGGGAAUUCUCGCCAUUGGCCAUCGACUUGAUCCACACGUACAUGAAAAAGUUUCCGCAACUUUUUGCCAAGUUGUCCAAAAUUGAAGGACUGGAGGUACCAAAGGCGGACACAUUGCUCAACUCGGAAGAGACUAAGCAAGUUAAACUGUGGUUGAAGGAAGUCAAAGCCGAGUUGAUCCCCGUGUCACUCGAGAGUCAGUCGCUUACAAAAUUCAGCUUUGCCGCUAUUGAAAAUUACAUGGAUAACUAUAUCAGCCACCCUGUUCCGUUUUCAAACAAGGAUAUCAGAGGAGUUCCAAGAAACGCCAUUUUGAAUGCGAGUGAAUCGUACCAGUUGUUGAGCGAACAAAAGUUUGAGUUGGGUGAUCGAGUCGUGUAUGUGCAAGAUCAUGGUAAAGUGCCAAUAUUGUCCAAAGGUACAGUUGGCUCGAUCUUUACCGUAGGUUCCAAGACGUCGUUGGCUGUCAUUUUUGAUGAGCCACAAUUGAGCGGCAACACCAUGGGUAACAAACUUCAUUCAAAGAGAGGCCUUGUCAUUGACUCUUCGUUGGUGUUGAAUUUGACCAACAAACAGUUUAUAUUCCAUUCGCGUGCGUCGCAAGGACGUAAAACUAGGGUGACUGAGACGAAAGAACCACGGAGAAGUAAAGUCACUGAGACGGCCAAGAGCACUCCCCAUAGUAGGCCAACUCAGGAGUCCAGAACUCAUGAUAGCAACAACAACCUCAUCAACAGCAACAAACCAGGUAAAGCAGCAGCUCCUGUGCGUAAAAUCAUGACCAGAGGCAAGGAGCAGCAGCAUCCCAAAGAACAAGCUGAAACUGCUUCUGUCAAUACAAAAGGCUCGAAUGAAUUGUUGUCACUUUUGAGAAGGAAAGAACCGGAGGCAAAAGAGCAUGACAAACACGAAAAUGGCGAUAACAAGCAGCAGCAGCAAAAGGACCUGAAGGCUCAUGACGAAGAACGCGCAGCUGACCCUAAAGCUAUCAACCAAAUCUAUGGUCAGAUUUUUUCCAAUGUGAUGAACGAAGGCGUGCAACCUCAAGCUCCAAGCAACGGCUACUACCCCGGUGCUAGACCUCAGCAUGUACAUCCAGGUGUUUAUCCACCACAAGGAUACAACAAUGGUUUGAAUUACAGCCAACACUAUGCCGCUGCAUCACAGCCUUUCAUUCCUCAGCAACCGGGCUACUACCCCAACCAUGUAGGACAACAUCCACCACCUCCUCAUUUCCACAAUGGAACUCAUCACGGAAAUGCACCAGGCUAUCCUUAUCCUGCGUCAGCUAAGCCAGAGGGAACCGCUGAUGAUGCAGAUAACAAAUCUGAAAAGCAAACCACUGCUUUAGAUAGGUUUAUACAAGAAGCAAAGGAGGCAGAGCAAAAAGUGGAACAAAAAGUGGAGCAUGCAGCAGGUGCUGCUGUUGACAAGGUUGAAUCAGAAGUAGGAAAUCCUGCCAAGACGGAAGAAAAGUGA